CCAUAUUUAUAUAUUUCUCUUCGUAUUUUCGGAGACAUUAAUGACAAGUCUUACAAAAAGGCUAGACGGAAAGGUAGCAUUAAUAACUGGAGCAGCAAGUGGUAUUGGCGAGUGUACCGCAAAGCUUUUUGCCGAACAUGGAGCAAAAGUCAUCAUCGCAGACAUCCAAGACCAACUUGGUCAAUCGGUUUGUGAGAAGAUUGGCUCAUCAAACUCGAUAUAUGUCCAUUGUGAUGGGUAUUAG